CAGGCUCGGCCGUGCACGGCGGUCACUACGCGGGCACCACCAUCACGGUCACCACGACGAAGCGCCCGAUGGGGGCGCUGACGAUCUUCGUCAACGAGAUACGCUACCAUUCGGACAACCCCGCCGUCCCCGGGGUCGAGAUUGCCGGCCCGGACGGUACCGACCUGUCCGACCACACCGUGUACACGUACAACAUGUCGGGCCAGGUGACGAACACGGUCCAUCUAGACGGCACGAUAGAUGCCCAGCACGGGCAGAACUACGGCGUGAAGUGGUUCAACAUUCCGUGCCACAAGUUCACGUCGAUCGCGCUGGCCCGGGGGCCCGCGCUCGUCCAGUUCGUGUCCGUGCUCGACCAAAUCACUGCGGUGGACCCUCCGGCCAGCGGAUCGACUUCUAAAGUGAUCAAGGACGCGAACGACGUGGUCUUGCAAGUGCUAGAUUCGGACAAUACCAAGAGCUUACAACUCUUCGGUGUUGGAUUGAAAUACGCAGGCCAGGAUCCGCUUGGCAGUGUUUUGGUUUUCUCAUGGCGUGCAGCAGGGGUUGUAGCAAACAGCUGUACAUGGUACGCUAUCGCAUGCUGAUGUUUUGGCCAUCGAACCGCCACGCCAGGCUGCUUCGGUGUUGACUAACCGCUUUGACCACUGAAGCUGAUCGGAAACAUGUUGUGGCAGUUCAUUUCCGGCUGGCUCGAAAUAGGGGCUAGUGGACGACGACGGGAACGACGGGAACGACGACGGGGAUUUCUGAAUUUACGGUCGCACGUCAGUGCACAUAGCAUCGGUCCCAGCAUGUUGAGAAUAUGGUUCCGAUGUAAUGUUCAAGACCGGUGUCAUGGUCGCAACUUGGGGAGAAGAUCGAGGUGGCUUGAAGCGCUAUGCUGUCGAUCGCUGUCAGCCCCCCGCCCUCCCCGGAACCUAGGGCAUUGACAGCACGGUUGAGUCUGUGAGUGCAUCAGGACGCCAUGGUUUAAUGUCGGGCGCGCUCUUUCAACAUAUCACACCUUUGGAUCCCAAUGAGUUGGCGAAUGUUUUCUCGGCUCCGUCAGCGCAUCCUCCCGCGACCCUAUCAUUUUCGUUGGUUUUGUCCUCAAUUGAUUGCGACGGCGGUGCUUUCAUAAUUGGGGGCCGAACCCUGGAUCUUCGACCAUGGCGAGCCGAGUUGAAAAGGAUCGGCUCUCAGAUUUCCAAUGGCAUAAACGCUCGAGCACCGAGGGUAUUUCUAAUGCGCUGCAGGAUUUCGAAUAAGCAGAUCGAAACUGGCCUGGUGGAGUGCCCGCUGCCUCGCACGGCAGCGUCACGAACCAGAUCCAACAAAGUGUUAGAAGGCGUUGCCCCCCUGAGGAAAGCGAGGGCUUGAGGACAGCAGGGGGGUAUCGGAGAGGCGCGGAGGAGCACCGACUUGCAAUUAGCGGACCGUGCGCGUUCCAUGUUAGUGUGAGUGUAUGUACAAAUUGGCCAUACGUUGGUCAUGAUGGUGGUGAUCGUGUUGAACGGGUGAGUCGAAUCUUGAUGAUUACCGAUGUCUGCAGUGUCCAUGGCCACCGCUGCAUAACGCACCAGUCACCAGUAUCGUUGCCCUCACUGCUACCACCGACACUGCGACUCACAUAGCCACUAACAGUGCCGCCCCGAACUUUGCUACGUGUGACCUUGACUGAUACAAUUGCGCCUGCCAACAAGUGCAGUUGCCGAGUCGCAGUGGGUUGGAUGUUCAGAGCUCAUGACAGUCGAUCCUUCCAUAUUGCCAUCUCAACAUAAUUCCCUGAGGAUUGGGUGUGUGGCGAGUCGUACAUCAUGCCCUGGCAACUUGGGGUAUCUCACAGCCCAAUGCAAUAAUCUUCGGCAGCGUGCUCCAGUCUAACCCUCGCUUUUUAUAUCGACCUCUUGCGUCUUGCGGUUCAUUAGUUUAGUUGGGGCUUUCAUCCGAAUCAUGUCAAGCAUUGAGUUGUGCACAGUUUCUAGAAAGUGCACAUCCAAACGUCAUGUUUGUGCGUGGACGAUGUGUGCAGUGGCGGCGACCCGGUGGUCGAGAGGAGCAUCCGAAUUUCGAUGUGCCCGUACCCUUGUGUUCUUGUUCGUGUCCGUUUCCUCGUGAAUUCCCAGUGUGAAUGCAUGUGUAGAUAUGUUGCGGCAAAGGAGCGGCCUGAUAGGAGCUUUGCUCAAUUUGUGGUUACCUCCGGCGUCAGUGAACAUCGCAGCUCACCUUGCCACGUACGGUAUGCGUCAGGUGGCUGGAAUCAAUUGGCCCAAUCCCGACAGACCAAACCAAGUAUUAGACUGUACCAGAGAGCGAUUUUGAAUGUUGGGCCAAGUUUGUAAAGACUUCGUGCCGUGUGCCCGGGGGUUGGUCCAGAUGUUGUUUCUUCAAAGUUAUUGUUCUUGCGGCGGGGCCGCAUAGUUUCAGGUCAACCCCCGCCUACUCUUUGCUCCGCUGCACCCAGGCAUGCUUCCACUACUGUUCCAGGCCCGCUUGAGGCGCGCCAGGCGCAGAGAUCUGUCGAUCCAAAGUGUUCGUGAGUGGCAGCCUUUGCUGUGCAGAGGCCAAGGUUCACGGCCGAGAGGCCAGUCCGGGUGUGACUUCAAUGAGGGGCGCUUCGAGUGGUUUCCGUGUACAAGUAUCGUUUUGGUAGUGAGGUGGUUGUAUUUAGGGGGAUGAGUCGGAGAGCUCGUGGAUGUUCUGGGGUAUCCGAAUGGAUUUUGAUGGGUUUCUGUGUCUGCUCUGUAUUUCAAUGUGGGGAACUGUGAAGGGG